CCGCCAUGAAGCUCAACAAGCUCAAGACUGCCUCCCGGCGCAAGAACAGGGAACGUUACUUCAAUGCCUCCCACAUCCGCCGCAGGUUCAUGUCAGCUCCCCUCUCCAAGGAACUGAGGCAGAAGUACAACGUCCGGUCCAUCCCAAUCCGCAAGGACGAUGAAGUGCAGGUAGUCAGGGGGCACUACAAGGGGCAGCAGGUAGGCAAGGUUGUCAGCGUGUACCGAAAAAAGUACUGCAUCUACAUUGAGAGGAUCCAGCGUGAGAAAGCCAAUGGAGCCUCAGUCUAUGUCGGCAUCCACCCCUCCAAGUGCUGUGUGGUGAAGCUGAAGAUGGACAAGGACCGCAAGAAGAUCAUUGAGCGGAGGGCGGCAGGUCGUGCUGCUCGCCAGGGCAAGGACAAGGAGAAGUUCACAGCUAUGGACACUUCAGCGUAAAAUAAAAAUCACUGACGUAG